AUGCGCGUCUUCUUGCUUGCUACUGUGGUCAUCAGCGCUUUUGUGUUGAAGGUGCUGGGUGGUCCUAUCGGUCUGUCUCAUGAUGAUGGACUCGCCUUGGCUCCUCAUCCUCCUGCUGGUGCUGAAGUUACUCCUGCUCGCUGCAAUGGUCGUGGCCAGUGCGUUGAAGUGGAUAGCAACGUUUCCUGUGAUCUCGACGUUUGUCUGACUUCCGAAGUCCACCAAGUCGUUGGCAAGCCUUGUCAAUGCCCGGCUCCUUCCUCUACUGGUACCGCUCCUGAGGCUAGUUCUUCUCCCGUCGUCAUUGGAUGGUUCUGUAGCAAGGACUUGAAGUGCUCAUACAAGGUCGGCAACGCUACUCAGAACGCUGGUGGUCGUCACGAAUGCGAGACCGAUCUCUGCUUCGACCAGCUGCCUUCGACAAGCCUUGCCACUGUCCUCCUAAGGACAUCUUCAAGAACCUGGUCUUUCAUACUCCUCCAACUCCGGUCACUGAUCCUCGAGUCAUGGUUUUGCACCGACGAUUUCAUGUGCACUCAUCACCCUGGUAACGCGACUCAGAACGCUGGCGGCAUUCACCACUGCAAGAACCCUCGCUGCGUCACUCCUAGUGAUGUCGGCGCUCCCUGCGACUGUCACAACGUCUCAUCAACUGCCACUACUCUUCCUGGUCCGACCAACAGUUCUAUUGUCUACCCCAUCUUGCCAGGCUUCUCGUGCAUCGGUCACAUCUGCGAGGGUCCACGCGUAACUGGUGGUCACGCCCGUGUCUGCCUCGAUAGCCGCUGCCUGCCAAACAACGCCGACAACCAACCUUGCGGCUGCCCCGAUGGCGUGGACUACGACCCAGGCCGUACUAGUAGCGUUCGUCCUGGCACAGGGCGUCCUACAGCUUCUCAUCCUGGUAGCACUCUGCCUCCAAAGCCGACGAUGGGCCCUUCUACGCCGCCGUACCCGCUCCCAAACUGCACCUCAUCGCACUCCGCUUCCAGCCACGGAACUGGUAAAGGUCACGGUACUCUGACGCGUGAGACGCCUGUCCCAUCGAGCCACGGCACCGGUGUACUGCCUCCUCACGCUCCUUCGACGCGUCACAACACCACAGGCACUCAUUCACCCAUCACCACUCCUGGUCCGGUCGUCGCUCGCGCUGCUUCUUCGCCUACCAAGACGGUCACCAUCACGGUGCCUUGCAUCAGUCCCAAGGUCAACCCCAAGCCGCCGUACAACUACAUUUGUCCUGGCGACCCGGACUGCAAGCCUGUGCUGAACACCAAUCCGCCUGGCGGAGUGAUUUGUUCUUGA